AUGACAGCAUUUCCGCAAGAACGUUUUGACCAUAUUAUCUUUGUCCAUGACAACUCUGAUUGGUCAAAUCAUAGCGGUUUCGAGAAAUUUAUAUGGAUCAGAGCUAAUGGUCAAAUGAAAUUUUGGUUUAUCAAACGAUUUAUUCCCAUGCAUAUUUUGAAAUCGUAUAGGUAUAUAUGGCUGUUUGAUGACGAUGCUGCUUUAACAUUUGAUCCGUUACAUUACGAAUGCGUGGUCAGUAAAUUAAAUAUAUCACUGUCUGCUCCUGGACGACUGAACGGAAUAAUAGCUCAUCCGAGCACGCGUGUUAAUGCAAACUACACCACAAAAAUAGGGCGAUGGGUGGAUUUUGUUGAAAUUGGACCCGUUGUAAUGGGCAGUUCUUUAGCAUGGCAGUGUAUAUGGGAUAUUUUAGUAGUAACGGUAAGUACCGGCUUUGGUCUCGAUUUAAUAUGGUGUAAUCUGCUUAGUGAGACGUGUAUCCCCCGUGAAUGGAAUAAAAAAGCAUGUGCAAUAUUGGAUGCGUUUAUUGUUAACCACCAAGCAGCGCACCAUUCUCCGAGCCAUAUCGGUGAAGCAGAACUACACGUUUAUAAUAAAUAUGUUAAAGAUUUUCAGACAAAGCAUCAAAUUUUUGGUGCUCUUGCUGAAAACCUAGAAAUUUUGUAUUCUUGUAAUAUGACUAAGUGA